GGUGGCUCACUUUCUCAUUAAGAAUAUAUAUAUAGAACCACUUUUUGUAGAUUAGUAUAACAGAGAAAAAAAAGUUUUACCCUGUUUUAGGGCAAAUGCUACCUAUUUGUGUCACCUUUUGCUGAACUGACUCACAAGUUAGACAAUCCAUGAAUUAAUGCACAUGAGAAAUUACCUAUAUUUUAUACUGUUUCAAUGUACAGGAGAAAGGUUUACUGUAAGCUGUCGUUCCAUUGGUGCUUCUGUGAAUUAAGUUGUGGUUUCAUCAUGGGUCUUCUGUUCUUUAAGUGUUCUGUGUUUAUGAACAAGAGGUUUGAAAUUGGUUUUUACUUGAACAUCGACAACAGAACAACAACAACAAAAACGAAUUUCAAAAAACAAAAAAAGUCGUUUGCUUAAAAUUAAAAAAAAUAAAAUAAAAUAAGGAGAAGGGUUUCAUGUGAAAAAUAAAAAACUAUUCCAGACUAAGUUUGUGUUGGCUUCUGUGACGCAUUGGUGUCAAACCUUUUUUAAAAAAAUUAUUAUUGUGGACAAUUUAGAUGUGUUUGUGUUCAGCAAAAUGUGAUCAGUUUUUUUCUUUUAAAGAAAUGAUGAUGAUAAUAAUAAUAAUAAUUAAAAAAAAGAAAUCAGUGAAAAAAAAAUCUUAGUGCCAAACUCCAAAGGUACUUUUCUUCCUAGAGCUUCAGUGUGUUUCUUGUGUGAAGUAAUUUGAUAACAUGGGUAUUUUACUAUGUGUUUUGUAUAAAAUCCCUAAUAUUUAAAGGAAAAGAGGUUAAAAAGUUUGUUAACUUGCUAUCCUGUGGUCUUGUUGCCUGAAAUUGUUGUUGUUUGUUAUUUCUCUUGGAUGUUUUUUGUAAGACAUUGUAUAAGUGCCCAUGUUUCACUUUUCUAACCACUCUGCACAUCAGCGCUGUGAAAGCAAACCUCACAAUGUAAUUUCUUCAUAAUGUAUGGAAACCUCUAAGGUGAGAAAGUUUUGAACUUUUAACCCUUUCCACCCAGAGCUGUCUUGAGUGUUAAUACUUUUAUACAUUCACCAUUUUGCUGUUUAUUUUUAUAUAUACAUAUAUAUAUAUAUCUAUAGCUAUAAAUAUAUAUAUACUUAAUUUUUGUGGUUUAUUUAAUACAUGGUUGAAAUCAGAAAAAUGCACAGGGCAGACCUGAAGGACAAAAAAAUAAUAAUAUUUUACUGCUGUCUAAAUUUCUUCUGUAUCUAUAACUUAAAAAAAAUAUUUAAAAUAGUUAUUGUAGAUCUCCUUUUUAGGUCUUUGGGUUUUUGGGUUUUUUUUGUUUUUUUUUGUCUUUUCUUAAGAGCUUUUAAUAUGCUGCUGGGAAAAAAUGCUAUUCAGUAUUAAUAAAAUAAAAUAAAAAAUAAUUCUUUAAUUAUGUAUUGUAUGGCCGCUCCUAGGCAGGAGAGGUAAACCCACGAUUUGAAAUCAUUAAGGAAAAAAAAUAUUUUUAUAAUGAAAUAAAAUGAACUUUUGCUUAAAUCCAAUGCACUAGAACUUCCUGGAUGAAACUUUAUUGUGCACUGCAGUUAAAACUACAUUUUAUGGGUGAGGUUUACACAUGUCGUAAUGCUUUGAUGUGUUAUCUGCCAUUAUCCGUAAUAUAUUGAUCCGGAUCUAAUAGAUACAAAGUAGGUGUGGCAAUAUCUUUUAAUAACUUGAUUUCUGUUGAUAAGGGAACAUGCAGAUUUUUGAAUUUCAGCAAACUCACUGAAUGGCUGAAAGGGAAUGAUGCUAGUUAUUCAGCUAGGAUGCAAACAAACCAGGCAUAAGCAAGGCACCCUUUCCUGGGGAAAGGUCUUAGUUGCCCCUGUAUGGAGGUUAUCAGGGCUAAGCAAAAGCAGACCAUGCACAUUGUCCUGGGGAAGUGAACUCUUGCAAGAUGUACAUAUAGGGCAGAACAUAGCCAACAGAAAUCACCCAGAGCAAGCAAUACAGAAAGAAAGUAGGUUUUAAAUGUCUGUCUACAUGUAGCUUAUUCCAACUAACUUCAGCAUUAGUUCUGGUUUUAUCUUAACAGAACACACACACACACACACAGGCUAUGUGGCACAUUAAUAUUUUUAUGCAUCAAAAAAGUAUAGGAUGGAGGGAGAGUUGCUCAAAGAAAGAAGAAUGAAGCGUCUUGCUGGACAAUUAGGAACCACUGGAAAUCUCUGAACUCCUAGAUUUGUGGGCCAACGCAGUUCAGUGUUAUUAUGUGCCGUUUCAGGGGCACAUCACAUUUUGGACCACAAUCCUUAAGUGGCAUUCUUAAAUGUUGCAGAGUUCACCAGUGUGUUUUCCCACCUAUUUAGGGGCAUUGCCUGGCAUGUCCCUUUCGCAUUUGGCAUACACUUCGUCUUUGCUGCAGUUACAUUGGCUUUCCCUGGAGUGGAUUUGCAAAAUACGAAGGACAGAUACUUUCCUAAACAAGCAAGUUCUAUGUAUCAGGGAGCUGCCAUUAAUCAAGGCUACCUGGCUUGUGUGCUUUUAAAUGUUUAGGAACCCACACCUGCCAUUCCUAUUUCACAGAUUUGCCAUGGAGAGUAUUGGUAAAGUAUCAGAAACACAAUUUUGACUGCUUUGUGGAAUGGCUAUCUGUCAGAUAGAUUUCACAGAAGUGACUAAAAUAAUACAUUCGUAAUCCACUUUGCACUCUUGUUUACCUGAUUAAUAGCAACAGAUUUCCAUUUACUAGAUGGAAUUAUUCUGCGUUACUCAGAAAUGUGCAUGGUCCAUCAACAGAAAGUCAUCUAAUUUAAAGGUGUUGCCUUAUCUAUUUUGUGUCUCUUAUUCUCUGUUGUGACAAUAUAUACCUGCAAAUAUUUACCACAAAUAAAGUUAUUCACAAGGAUCAAGGGUGGCAAUCAUGCAGCCCCCUCGAUACUGCUAGACUACAUCUCCCAUCAGUCCUCACUAUUGGCUAUACAGUCUAGGGCUGAUGGGAAUUGGACUCCAACAUAUUCUGGAGGGCUGGGUGACUGCCAUCCCUGACACAUAGGGAUUCUAUGAAUCCUCAGUGUUUGCAGAACAUAGCCCAAAAGAAAGAGAAAAAGAGAUGCUGAUAACCCUUCACUGCCUUGUUAAAAAGUUGGAUUGGAUAGCAUUCUUAGUCAUAAACCAAAUGUGGGUCUUCUGUACUGGCAAAUAAAACAUUCCUCAAGCCAAUACAUUUCAGCAGCUUUACAUGCUACUGAUAAAAUCAGUCCUCAUUGUCUAUUCCUCUUUGAUUUCAUUCAAGACACCUCCAACCUUCUUCCUUCCCCCAAACUCCCAUGUAAAUUAUCUUUUUAAAAUAGAGAUGAUCUUCAUACACACACCCCUUUGCUUCAAAAUGAUUGUUUUCUAGAGAAGCCCUGGGGUGGAAAGGACUAGAAUCCAAAUGAUGUUUAAAACAUGAAAUAAAAUUUUUAAAAAGUUCCUUAUAGCACACGCACUUAUAGGUAAAAUGCUCUGUAUUAUUCUCAUGUUUUUACUACUGCUGGGGCCUUCCUAAACCCUUUGAGGGCUAUUUUGUACUUCUUGCAGCAAUUAUUUUGCCUACAGAAUUAUUACAUACAUAGAUACAUACAUGAGACCAUCAUUAUGCUUUUUUUUUCUCCCCAAGACAUAUUGUGUUUAAAUUUCCAAAUAGCUGUGCUUUAAGCAAAAAUCUAACAGACAAGAAACCCCACCUCAGAUCAUUUUUGAUGUAGAGGAACUCAAUAAGGACACUUGCUCCAAACGUCUGUUGCUCAGCCCACUUAUGCGGCCUGCUCCAGAGCCCCAUGCAAGCCCUGUUAAAAUGGCAGCAAUGUGUGAUGGAUAGCACCAAGUACAGUAAGUCAUGCCACUAGCUGGUGCUAAGUUCCGUAUAUUUGUGAACUCUUUAUUAACCGCACCUGCUCAAUCUGGCAGGUAUCCCUUUCUUCUCCUUCUUAAUUUAUUUUUCAAGCACAUUCAUUUUGCAGUGCAAAGCAAUCUUGACUUGAAACAACAACAAAUAUUUUAAAAAAUCAUCUCAGUCUGAUUCCUUAGGGAUGGAGAAAGGGAUCCAAACAAGGGAGAUGCAUAUGGGAUACCAAUAAAGCUGAAGCUUUGCUAGCUAGUUGCCUUUCUCAAUCCCUGUUGCUGAAGAGAGUAACUAAUGUGGCACUGGAAACCACUUUUGCAGUGGAAAACACUGCAAAGAAAAUACGCCAGCAAAGUUACUGUUUAAUAAAUGAGGAACUUUACUAAUGCACUAAACUCACUUGCAUACAUAAUUUCUUCUUUUAAAAAAUCAGAGUGUGUAUUGAUUGCUUAGUUAUAAAAUAUCAGAUGGGGGGGAGCUGCAAGAGUGCAAAGGGCUUAUUAACAGAGGGGGGGGGGGCUAAACAAGGGAAUUUGCUUUUGAAAAUUCAACUCCAAAAGCACAAAGUAGUAGUUUUCCAACCAAAUUAGCAAAUGUCAAUGAAAUGGCCAUAUACAAAGGAGUAACAAGUUCAUCUUUCUUUCACCAUAGGGGUUAAUUAUUCCUUGGCUUGUGCUACUCUCUGGAAUCAUUUUACUGUUUCUGGUUUUAUUAACUUAAGUGCUAAUUAACAAAAACAAGGUUUUUUCUUUUUAAAAACAACAACAACAACAACCCUGUAGUUUCAUUAUCUUUCUGAAUGAUGUCAUAACAACAACAAAAAUAAUCCUGUGUACCUGGGCAGGGGUGGGAGUGGGGUAUUGUGCUGUGAGAAAAUGUUGUUUGUAGAUUAAUAAUAAUUCUUUUAGUUGAGAAUGUCAAAAGCAUAGGACAUGAGCCUCUCACGCUGCAGGUGUAAAGUCCAUAUGCAGAGGGUUUCCAUUGGCUUAAUUAAAGCUUGAUUUCCCUGCCUGCACCUAUUUGUCUCCCAUAUGCCACUCCAAGCCUCCAUCUUGGCCCAGUGGAAGUUAUUCAUGCACAAGUUACUUAUAUCAAAGUAAGAUGAAGGCUAGAUUGGAAUAUGGAAUGCAUAUUCAGGCACAAACAUCAUGUCACUUUCUAUGUGAGAAGGGAAAGAGGGUUCUCUUGAACACCAGGCGAGUCUAUCUCCCACAUAUGGAUAUUGCACCUGUGGGGCAAAAGGACAGUGCCCUAGGUUUUUGUGUGUUUUUUAAAGUUUUGUCAGAGAAAAGCCAAAGUUACUGCAAUGUAGUGGAAACUGUAAGACCAUUUGAGUAUUGUUUCUGUUUUGUUGAUGCAUUUGGAUUUUGCUGUUUGAUGGAAUUUGAGCCAAAAACAAAACAAAAAAGAAACCCACAGGCUUUCCUAUUUCUAAAACUUGAUUGUACUUAUGCAUUUUGUACCAGUGGAAUUUUUUAUACUGGAGAUUUUAAAAAAAUGGGGGGAAAUGUGGCUUACUCUUGUAGGCCCCCAGAUCAUGGCUGAUUUUCAAGUUUGAUUUCCAGUUGAUAGAAAGAAAGUUGGUUUUGUUUAGAAAAUUUUAAAAAAACAAACAAACUUUGGCUUGGUUUAAUUAUUUCCCUUUGCUUAUAUUUAGUGUUUAGAAUUUUGUCUUUAAAACAAGCGGUAAGUUUCACUUUUUAUUCUGUAUUGUGCAGUUACACAAUAUAAAAAUAAAUUAGAAUUUAGGAGUACACAGUCACUUUACGUGGAUAAAUGUAUUAGUUAAAAUAGGGUUUUGCUUUUUUGCUGUUUAGAUCAAAAUGUUUUUUCUGAUUCUUCUGUCUUCAUUGUGAACAUAACCGUGUAGUUGAAACAGUCAAACUUAUUUUUGUAACGUAUGUUAUUGUGUGAUGCAGUUUUUUGCUUCUGUCUCCAAUAUUAAACCAUUUUCCUAAUA